AUGGACACUUACGGAUACCUAUAUACUUUGCCAUUCAUUCCAAGCAGUCCACAAUCGAAUCUAGUAGUAGCUGAAGAUGACGGUGGCUCUCAAAGCAAUUUUCAGAUCACAGCGACUUUUACGGUGACUCAAUCCAUGAUCCUCGUUGUUACAACAUACCAUCCGGACGACAUAGGAGAAUUCAAUAUUUCAAUUCACGGUCCCGCACAAUUAAGCUUAACGCCGUAUAUUUCCACGUCAAAUACCGUAACGAACACCAAUGAAACAACCAGCGUAGACACUAUUGCAACGACUACUACAACUGCUACUACUACAAUUUCUACAACUACUACAACAUCCAUAAUUACAACAGCAACUGCAGUAACCACCAAACGAGCUACUAAAAAAAGCACAAAAAGAACUAGUAGAAGAACUACGAAAAAAUCCAUUAGACCAACUAUUACAACGCCAACUACAGACACAAGUAGGUGA